CUUAUUGCCGGAAACAGAGAGAGAACAGAAGAAGAGAAAGCUCAGCAAAUUUUCUUGCCAUACUUCAUGACUUCUCUGUGGCUAAGCGUGGGGACCAGACAGGACUCGUGGAGAUAUCCAGGUGCUGAAGCCUUCAGCUACUGUCUCAGUUUUUUGAAGUUUAGCAAUGGCGUCUUUCUCUGCUGAGACCAAUUCAACUGACCUACUCUCACAGCCAUGGAAUGAGCCCCCAGUAAUUCUCUCCAUGGUCAUUCUCAGCCUUACUUUUUUACUGGGAUUGCCAGGCAAUGGGCUGGUGCUGUGGGUGGCUGGCCUGAAGAUGCAGCGGACAGUGAACACAAUUUGGUUCCUCCACCUCACCUUGGCGGACCUCCUCUGCUGCCUCUCCUUGCCCUUCUCGCUGGCUCACUUGGCUCUCCAGGGACAGUGGCCCUACGGCAGGUUCCUAUGCAAGCUCAUCCCCUCCAUCAUUGUCCUCAACAUGUUUGCCAGUGUCUUCCUGCUUACUGCCAUUAGCCUGGAUCGCUGUCUUGUGGUAUUCAAGCCAAUCUGGUGUCAGAAUCAUCGCAAUGUAGGGACGGCCUGCUCUAUCUGUGGAUGUAUCUGGGUGGUGGCUUUUGUGAUGUGCAUUCCCGUGUUCGUGUACCGGGAAAUCUUCACUACAGACAACCAUAAUAGAUGUGGCUACAAAUUUGGUCUCUCCAGCUCAUUAGAUUAUCCAGACUUUUAUGGAGAUCCACUAGAAAACACGUCUCUUGAAAACAUUGUUCAGCCGCCUGGAGAAAUGAAUGAUAGGUUAGAUCCUUCCUCUUUCCAAACAAAUGAUCAUCCUUGGACAGUCCCCACUGUCUUCCAACCUCAAACAUUUCAAAGACCUUCUGCAGAUUCACUCCCUAGGGAUUCUGCUAGGUUAACAAGUCAAAAUCUGUAUUCUAAUGUAUUUAAACCUGCUGAUGUGGUCUCACCUAAAAUCCCCAGUGGGUUUCCUAUUGAAGAUCACGAAACUAGCCCACUGGAUAACUCUGAUGCUUUUCUCUCUACUCAUUUAAAGCUGUUCCCAAGCGCUUCUAGCAAUUCCUUCUACGAGUCUGAGCUACCACAAGGUUUCCAGGAUUAUUACAAUUUAGGCCAAUUCACAGAUGACAAUCAAGUGCCAACGCCCCUCGUGGCAAUAACGAUCACUAGGCUAGUGGUGGGUUUCCUGCUGCCCUCUGUUAUCAUGAUAGCCUGCUACAGCUUCAUUGUCUUCCGAAUGCAAAGGGGCCGCUUCGCCAAGUCUCAGAGCAAAACCUUUCGAGUGGCCGUGGUGGUGGUGGCUGUCUUUCUUGUCUGCUGGACUCCAUACCACAUUUUUGGAGUCCUGUCAUUGCUUACUGACCCAGAAACUCCCUUGGGGAAAACUCUGAUGUCCUGGGAUCAUGUAUGCAUUGCUCUAGCAUCUGCCAAUAGUUGCUUUAAUCCCUUCCUUUAUGCCCUCUUGGGGAAAGAUUUUAGGAAGAAAGCAAGGCAGUCCAUUCAGGGAAUUCUGGAGGCAGCCUUCAGUGAGGAGCUCACACAUUCUACCCACUGUCCCUCAAACAAUGUCUUUUCAGAAAGAAAUAGUACAACUGUGUGAAAAUGUGGAGCAGCCAACAAGCAGGGGCUCUUAGGCAAUCACAUAGUGAAAGUUUAUAAGAGGAUGAAGCGAUAUGGUGAGCAGCGGACUUCAAAAACUGUCAAAGAAUCAAUCCAGUGGUUCUCAAAGGGUACACAGACUAUUGGCAUCAGCAUCACCUAGAAACUUGUUAGAAAUGCAAAUUCUCAAGCCGCAUCCCAGACUUGCUGAAUUGGAAUCUCUGGGGGUUGGGACCCAGCAAGGGCACUUAACAAACCCUCAUUUCUGAUUAAUGCUAAAUGUAAGAAUCAUUGUAAAAAUUAGUUCUAUUUCUAUCCCAAACUAAGCUAUGUGAAAUAAGAGAAACUACUUUGUUUUUAAAUGGUUGAUGUUAAAUAUUUGUCGAUAUUUCCAUCAUUAAAUUUUUCCUUAGCAUUGUCUAAGUCUUCCAGA